ACAAAAAUUUCUAUAAAACAUUGCAUUGCAAAUGGCGUAUUAAACAAGAGGCUCUUCGUUGCUGUCUCCAUUAAAAUAAAUCGUGUAUUUUGAUAAACAAUACGUAUUUAUCAAUAAAUUUUAUGUGCAAUUGUUUUUAACAUUGACCAUUUCAACGAGGUGUAAGAAUUUGCAUGGCCGAAUAUUGUGCGGCAUCAUGAAUGACAUUGGCGGAAGUAAUAAUAUAGCUGUCCCGGGUCCAUCAGCGUGGGAUCAAUUGACAUCAUCAUCAGCUUAUUCACAAAACAACAAUGAUGCAAAUGCAUCAGCACCAACGACACCAACAAAGACAACGCCAAAUGAGCCAGCACCAAUGUUCACUGCGAAUGAAGAAUUGCAUCCCGAUUUGGUGUUGCAAGGAUGGCGAAAAUGUUGGUCAAAACGUGAAAAUCGUCAUUAUUUUUGGAAUAAAUCGUCGGGUGAAUCGUUAUGGGAAAUGCCACGACAUUUUGAUCCAUUAACCGAUCCGCUUGGUAUUUGUUCGGGUGGCACACCAGCGCCACAUAAUUCGACGGCGCUAAAACGACGACCAUCAGAAGAUACCCAAGGACCGCCAAUGAAACGAUUCAUUUUAGCGGGUCCAUGGGAUUUGGAAGUGUGUUCAAACGUAAUUAUCGUUGAACGACCGCCCACACUAUUUCCACAUCCAUAUCCAGAAGUUGAGGCAAUGCGAGCUGCAUACACAAUUCGUUUAAUAAAAACAUACGAAGAUUUAUGCAAUCGUCGUGAAAAUAUCAAAGCACCACGUGAAUCGUUUAUGCGUUGGCUUAUGGAACGUAAAGUGAUCGAUCGUGGUUUUGAUCCACUAUUGCCAAGCCAUUGUCAUCCGGAAAUUUCGUCAUCAAUGUAUCGUGAAAUUAUGAAUGAUAUCCCAUUGAAAAUAGUAAAGCCAAAAUUUACGGGCGAUGCACGAAAACAAUUAUCAAAAUACGCCGAGGCAGCAAAGAAUUUAAUUGAAAUUCGAUCAGCACCGGCCGAGAGUAAGAAAGUUGUUAAGUGGAAUGCUGAGGAAACGUUUCAAUGGCUUCGGCGUACGGUCGGCGCAAGCUAUGAGGAUUUUCAAGACAGAUUGGCUCAUUUGAAGCGACAAUGUGAACCACAUCUGGUUGCAACAGUUAAAGGAAGUGUAGAACAAUUAUGCUCCAAAAUUUAUCAUUUAUCGGCCGAACAUGCGCGAAAAAUUCGCGAACGACACAUGCAAUUGCUGAAAGAUAAUGGAAUUCCGCCGCCACAACCACCUCCAGCGCCACCAAUUCUACGCAAAGUAUGGUGCUAUCCCAUUCAGUUUGUGAUACCUCCGCUACGAAUGCCCGUUAUCGAAUACAUUCAUGAACGUGAUCAUAUGGUCAUUAAAUAUUCACAUGCUUCCAUGCCUCAACCUGAUACACAGUACAUUAAUUUGACGCAUCUACAGAAAUUAGAACAAUUGUACCGGUACAAUUGCUAUGAUGAUAAGAAAUUUGAUCUCUUCAUCGGCCGCGUUUGGUGUUUACUGAGGCGAUAUCAAACAUUUCUCGGCAACAUAACUGGCUCAACAAAUGAAGCUGAGCUCACACAAUCAGCGCUUCCGGUCAGCGUAUUCGAAUGUUUGCAUCGCCAUUUUGGCGUUACAUUUGAAUGUUUUGCCAGCCCAUUGAAUAGUUACUUUAGACAAUAUUGCUCAGCAUUUAGUGAUACUGAUUCAUACUUUGGCUCGAGAGGGCCAUUCUUAGAAUUCAAGCCGCUCUCUGGGUCUUUCCAAGCCAAUCCACCUAUGUGCGAAGAACUCAUAGACGCCACACUGCAACAAAUUGAACGACUGUUGACAGACUCACAAGAGCCAUUGAGUUUCAUCGUUUUUCUUCCGGAAAUGAAAGAAUCAAAUUUGCCAUUUAUGUCCCGUGUGGAAGAAAGUCAUUUCAAACGAAAGUUAGUCGUUGUACCAGGAAUGGUGCAUGAGUAUCGCCACGGAUACCAACAUGUCAUACCAAAAAGUGAAAUUUAUAUGAAAAAUAUCCACGGUACGAUGGUGGUUUGGCUGCAAAAUAAUGAGGGAUUUUCGCGAUGGGGCCCAACAGAGAGUCGUGUCGAAGCCUUAUUGGAAGCAUUUAGACCAGUUCGAGAUAAAGAACGUGAUAAAGCACAACAAGAUGCAGCAAAUGCAACAAUUUUAAAUCCAGCAACCGAACCAACGGUACGCAGUAGUACCACCGACUGACCAACAAAUGCUUUUAAGCUACCGCCAAGCAGCACUUCCACCGGAACAACAACAACAGCACUUGCAACCACAGCAACCAUUACAACAGCGACCACAUCAACAGCAACAACAUUCGCAUCAUCAUCAACAACAACAUCAUCAGCAACACCAACCACAACUGAAUCGAAACCAUCAACGGUUCAAUAAUGAUCAAUACAACAUCUCAAUAAGCCUAAAAUGAUUAAAACAAUUUCAUUAGUUAAGAAUUUCUAUGUGUGACGGAAGAGAACAUGUAUAAUAUUAUUAUCGGAGAUUUAAAAUAAAAAAUUGUACAUUUUAGCACAAUUCGGUGCAUCAUUUGUGGAUUGUGAAACCAAUAAACAAAUGAAGAAAACUAUUGAUACUAA